GACAUAAAACACAGUGUCACACCCCACACACAUUAAAUGACACAGCUGAGAGCCAGACAAUGGCAGCCAGCGUGUGGACCAGCAUUGUACUGUGGGCUCUUCUCAGAAUGUGUAGAGGAUAUGCCAGGGAAACCACCGUGUUCUCCAGCGAGGGACAGAAGGUCACUCUGCCAUGUCACAGGACGUCCACUAAGUGCUCCACCACCACCUGGAACCACAACAUGAAUGGAACCAUUGAAAUAGUUGGACAUGGGGUGGUCAGAAAUAACCUGUCUGGCAACAGAACCAAACGCCUGACAGUGGAGCCAAAUUGCUCUCUAACGAUUCUUAAUGUAACACCUGCAGACGCUGGGCAAUAUAACUGCCGUGUGUAUAACGAUCAAGAAGAAUACGACGACUCAUUAGUUCAUCUCACUGUUCUGAGCAUCACUUCCUCACAGCUAAAACCCAAGACACUGAACUGCUCCCUGCACACAUAUGAGAUCUGUACUAAACAUAUACAAAACGACAUGAAUCUGACUUGGCUGAAGGAUGAUGGCAGUGACCUAAAGCAGGAUACCAGGUACAACAUCACACAGAGCAGAUGUCAUUCAACUCUGACUGGGACUCUGGAUCAGUCAGACCACAACGGGAACUGGACGUGUCAGCUGACCGUGGAUGGGAAACUGGAGAGCUCAGCCAGCUACAUAACCUCUCUCUCUGCUCCGGCAAACUUCACUGUGAUUGCUGUAGUUACUUUCUGCGCGGUCCUGUGCGCAGGAGUGUGCAUCACGAUAAUUAUAAUAACCUGUAAAAGAAAGGAGAAGAGGGACGAUGUGACAAAAACAGGGGAUAAAGACACCCCUUCCUCUCAGGACAAAGUGGAAACUGGAACCGUGGUGUACGCUGAUGUUUGCGUCAGAAUGGACGGCCGGCAGGAGAGGGGCAGAGUGCACCCCCACCCUGACACGGAAUACGCAACCCUCAAAGUCGGCGUUUAACUUCCCGGAUGGGGUAUGUGAGCUUCACCAACUCAGAACUGAACCCAGAACAGUUAUCUAACAAAAUAUCCAAAUCCACUGUGAGCCCAAAGCAAUUUAUUUUUUAUUUCUUUUGUCUUUCCUGGUCUUUUGUCUUUCCCAAUUUUACGCUGUAUAUAUAAACUGGAUCCUUCUGUUUUUUAUAUCACCUGCAAUAACAAAAUAUUCAUGAUUUAUGUAUUUUAUUAAAUAAAGUUGAUUAAACUAUU